AUGGCCGAACAGGAGCUUCAACCCGCAAUCCUGAUCGUAUCAGACACUGCCUCUCAGCAUCCAUCGACAGAUAAGGUCGUCGAUGCUCUUACGCCCGUGUUACUAUCCAAAGAAUCAAAUUGGAAGGCGCCAUUCGUCAAUAUUGUUCCCGACAAUAUCAGCGAUAUAGAGAAGAGUAUAUGCGACUGGACAGAUGGGCAAGACGCUGUAAAUUUAGUACUUCUGAGCGGUGGGACUGGCUUUACUGCGCGAGAUAAUACGCCAGAGGCAGUAACGCCUCUUCUCCACCGCCACGCCCCUGGGCUUGUACAUGCCAUGCUUGACGCCUCAUUGAAGAUUACCCCAUUCGCAAUGAUGUCGCGACCCGUCGCAGGGGUCCGAAACGGGACAUUGAUGAUCACACUCCCCGGAUCGCCAAAAGGCGCGAAAGAAAAUCUCGAGGCUAUUGUGAAACUGCUCCCACACGCAUGCAUCCAAGCAGCAGGAGCAAACUCCAGAGUACUUCACGAAGAGGGUAUAGAGAAGCUAGAAGCAGAAGCAGGGAUAUCUUCUGAAAGCGACGCAGAAACCAAAGUGAACUAUCUUGACCGUGGGCUCAGGCUUGAGCAUGGCGGUUGCGGGCACAGUCGCCGUCGUGGGAACAGGACAGCAAAGUCGAACGACACCAGCACAGGACCAAGUCGACGGAAUCGCUUGUCGCCUUACCCGAUGUUGUCGGUGGAUGAAGCGCUCUGGCGUAUUAAUCAUCAUACGCCGGAUCCUGUCGCCGUCAAGGCUCCUGUGACACCUGCGUUGACUGGGUCGGUGAUUGCUGAGGAUGUGUAUGCCAAGGAGGCAGUACCGGCUUAUCGUGCGAGUACUGUUGAUGGAUAUGCUGUCAUCAUACCGGAUCCACUCGAUGGCGGUAUCAGUUCGACAUCCAAAGGGACUAAGGGCAUUUUCCCGGUGGUCUCUAUAGCUCAUGCCAACGCAGGGGGUACUGUGCCACCGCUAGAGCGAGGGACUAUCUCCCGGAUUACGACUGGUGCUCCACUUCCGCCCAAUGCAAAUGCCGUAGUUAUGGUUGAAGACACGGUCUUGCAUUCAUCGACACCAGAUGGUACUGAAGAGGCCACGGUGGAAAUCCUAACUGAUGAUAUCAAAGCGAAUCAGAACGUUCGGCAGCCCGGUAGUGAUAUCGAACUAGGGUCUAGAAUCCUCCGAAAAGGUGAUAUCAUUACCCCUGUUGGUGGUGAAAUGGGUCUCCUUGCCGCAACAGGAACAAGCACAGUAAAAGUAUAUAUGAAGCCCUGCAUAGGUGUGAUGAGUACAGGAGAUGAGCUAGUUGCACAUGAUGAUCCUCGACGACUCCAUGGCGGCCAAAUCCGUGAUUCUAAUCGAUUGUCCAUACUUGCCUGUCUGGCGUCUUGGGGUCUUCCAACGGUUGACUUGGGUAUUGCUCCCGACACACCUAGUGGCGAGCUAGAAAGACGGCUUCGAGACGCAAUUAAUGGGGAAGAAAAGGGAAACGUUGAUGUAAUAAUCACAACAGGUGGCGUCUCAAUGGGUGAAUUGGAUCUCCUAAAGCCCACCAUUGAACGUUCCUUAGGCGGCACAGUGCAUUUUGGUCGCGUCUCCAUGAAACCCGGAAAGCCGACUACUUUUGCCAGUAUUCCUGUCCAGCGACCAACCUCUGAGACGGGCGAUGGACAGACAACAUGGGGCAAGAAACUUAUCUUCUCACUUCCCGGAAACCCAGCGUCGGCUCUGGUCAGCUUGCAUCUGUUUGUGCUACCCUGUCUGCACAAGCUGGUCGGAAUAGGUCAAGGGCGGCUUUGUUCUGGAGCAGGCCCGAUACCUGGACUGCCGAUUGUGACGGUGACAUUACUGCAUCAACUACCCUUAAAUCAUGAGCGUACCGAGUAUCAUUGCGCUAUUGUCCAGGCCUCGCAAGCCGGCGGGCUGUUGUACGCUUCUAGUACUGGAAUUGGAGCAGCAGGGCAACGGAGUUCAAGAGUUGGGAACCUUGCUUAUGCAAAUGCUCUUCUGGUAUUGAAGCCUGGGCAGGGACAUGUCGAGAAAGGGGCGUUGGUACAGGCGUUAAUAAUGGGUCCAAUUCGGUCUGGGGUAUGA